AUGUCCUCCAAUGCCUCUGGCUUCACAACCGCGCUGCUCCGUCCCGACUCGCCGACGACUCCCACGCGCUCCCAGAUCUUCGUGGCCUUCGCGGCAGUCGCAUGGUACAACGCCCUGGAACUCGUCGUGCUUUGCUUCAUCUCCUUCAAACGACGACAUGGCUGUUACUUUUGGAGCCUCCUGGUGGCGUCCAUAAGUAUCAUCCCGCACUGCCUGGGCUUCGUCCUGCUUUUCUUCCCAACCGGGGUCUCCCCCUAUAUCUGUGUCACUCUCAUCGUCGUGAGCUGGUAUGGCAUGGUGACCGGCCAAUCGCUGGUGCUCUGGUCCCGUCUUCACCUCGUGAUGCAAAACGCCAAAGUCCUGUGGGCGGUCCUCUGGAUGAUCGUCAUCGACGCCAUCCUCUUUCAUCUCCCUACCACGGUGCUUCUCUACGGCGCAGUAUCCACCCCCGCCGGACCCUGGUCGCGCGGCUACAGUAUCAUGGAGCACAUCCAGCUCGUCGGAUUCUGCAUCCAGGAGCUGAUCAUCUCGGGGAUCUACAUCUGGGAGACUGCCAAAUUGCUCAGGCUCCGGCCGCGCGGUGGAUCAUGGGGCGUUCUUCAUGCCCUGCUCACCAUCAACAUUGUCAUUCUCCUGCUGGACUUGGCCGUCGUCGCCAUCGAAUAUACCGGUUACUACGCCGUCCAGGUGCUCUUCAAACCCGUCGCUUACAGUAUCAAACUCAAACUCGAAUAUGCCAUCCUCGGCAAACUGGUGACGAUUGUCCAACCCCCCCGGGCCUAUCAUUACGACGACAUCCCCUCCAGUGCUCGCGAGAUCAAUCAUCUUCCUUCCUCUCAAGAAACACCGCCGCGUCCCCCGGUCGCUCAGCGUCCACCGGCGUCCCGCAUGUACAGUUUCCCUUGGUACCGGCAAAGCCCCCUUGAUUCGCCCUACGCAUCCCCAGCACUUUGA